AUGUACAAAUCUAAUGGACGGAAACGAGGAAAGAUGAGGGCACCACUCCCAGAAUAUGUAUCUACGUACGUUCAACCAGAAAAUAACAUCCACGUCAUUUCAAGCAAACCCCCUCAACGGUCCGGGACCGCUGGGACAGGCCCGAGAUUGGGACGAUUUAUUGUGAGAGGGGAGGUGUACAACCACGAGGAUAUAGGCCGCACUGCUGAACUAUGGAAUGUCGAUCAUUUGACAGCACUGGAGAGAGAAUUGCUAGGAGAAGAAGAUGACGAAGGCUGGGAAACAGAAGAAGCUGACUGGGAGCUACUUGGUGUCAGAGGACUACCAGGUGAUGAACCGGAAGACUUCCGUGCCAGAGCAAAAAGAAGAAAAUUGAUCCAAGACAGAAGGGACAGAAGGCCAGAGGUAAAAAAAAAUACUGCUGCUUGGAGGGCACGUAAACGGAAUGAGAAGACGAAGAAAGUCCUUGAAAAGUUUACCAAUGAUGCAACAACCAGUACACACGAAACACCUAGGUCGAUCGUUGUCUGCGGCCGGUGUUCAGGACCAGGCUACGACUAUGAGCAUAGUUUGGGACGAAAUGGUAUCAUCUUAAAGAAGUAUAUAAAAGAUUUUCUGACAGUCGAAGUACCAGAUGAAGACCAGGAAUCAGUUUUUUUCGUCAACGUCAAAGCCUGGGAACCUCUGCCAUCAAUACACCCUACCUACGGAUCCGGAACGUUGGAUGCAGAAGACGAUGGACUUAUGCGCUGUAGAGCAAGAUGA